AAUUUUUCGCUGACGCGUCGUCGCGAAGAACGACUCUGCCUAUCAAAUCAUGGGUUAGUCGUCGCCGGUGUAAUCCCGUGUGAAGAUCGAAAUAAAGCCAGGAAUUUUGUACGCAAGACGAUCGCGACAAACAACUUAGAGAUCAAUCGACAUGCGUCUUUUGGAUAAAUCGAAUAAACUGCACGUUGAUAAAAGCUCGCAAACGCAAAUGGUCGAUGUUCCAAUCGAUUCACCAUGUUGCGUUGAGUUGACGGAUUCGAGGAUUCAAAAUACAGGCACAGCAUCUGACAAAUACAAGGCGAAAUCGGACGGGCGCAGCCAGAAUUUUUAUGAGCGGCGCAAAUGUGUUCUUCUGACUGGAGCAAUUACACUUUUACUGUUUAUACUUUUUCUUAUAAUUGCCAAUCUUACGUUUUCUAUAAUAUCCGGACAUGACACUCGUAAUGCCUCAGUUCGCAUUCAACCGGAAGCACGUGUGGAGCGGGUGAUCAGGCCAGACUCUCCCGUCGGCAGAAGAUCAUUGUUGAAGUCCCGGGCGACCGGAGUGAUCGAUGGAGACCCAUUUUUCAACGAUCAGAAGAAGCUCACGAGCCAGAGGAUGGGAGUUGCCGAAGGUGACGCGUUUUUAACGAUAAAUGAGAGAGACGCUGCCACGCGUUCCAAGCGGGACGUAUCUCGCAGAAAAAGAGACUGCAAUCUGAAAGAGAAACAAUGCGAGAUGUUGUUGCAGACGGUGCAAAACCUUGUGAACCUCUCAAAUAAGCACAAUUCUUCAGCGACAAUAAACGGACAACCGUUGCCCGAAGAUAUUCUGAAAUGUUUCAAAUGCAAAGAGCUGGCGAACGUGGUGGACGGGCACGAGGAUUACCCGCCACAACCGAAAGAUUUAUACUUCCCGUACAAUGACGCCGCGCAAAAUCGCUCGAGCAAUUUUGGCCACGUCGGCAUUAAGCUGCUGAAUGAAAGCAUCUCGAAUCGGACGGAAGCGACGCGAAUCCAGCCGGUGAAGCCGGCUAUGAACAAUUCGUCCCAAGAUGUCGCGAAUCAAUCUUCGAAGGGAACCAAUAUAUUGGAAACUACCACUGUAUCAGCUGACCCAAGAUAUCCCGACGGAAGCCAACGGGUAUACACUACUGUUAACAAUUCAGGCGUCGUAGACAAACAGCCAAACAGCACUCCAGCGGCAAACGACUCGUACGUGACGCAAGACCACAACGAGGAAGGCGUCACUGCCGUGUCGAAAAUUGACCAACAAUAUCGCGCGACAACCAAAGGCAAAGACGUCACGAGCGCGAAGCCGGAGUCGAGCAGCAUGAGAACUCAGUAUAGCGCGAUCACGCGAGACGAUGAGCAAUCUAGGAAGACCACAAUCGCGGUUGAUUCAACAGGGACAACCGAAAGGACGCGGACCCUGAUCGAUCUCCUGAUGGAGAUUACUGAAAACGUGACGAGUGUGUCAGCGGGAUACGACGUGAUGGGAAUCGACGGCGGCACGACGGUGCAUCCUUCGACGCGUCCUUCGCUCGAGGGACACCCGGAAAAUCGAUCGUUGGCGAACGAACCAGGAUCGAUGGAAAAUCUCCACGAUUACAAACAGUUUACGUCGGCCAACAGCUUCAAAGCGGAAAACAAUGGCAAACCGAUUCCGGCAAUCGCGGAGAACACGAAGACCUUUCAGCAAUUGCAACCGAAUUUCACGACGUGGUCGGUGCCGCAACUAGUUUGCUUCUUCAACCAAUAUUCCGGUCAGUUCUCCAACGCGCCAGCGUCUUCAGCACCAGCGUCUUCAGCACCAGCGUUUUACCCGGAUUUUUCCCCCGCGCAGAGUCACGGGUCUCCGUUCCAAAACCCCUUUCGUCCAGAUUUCUCGUCGCCAAAUUAUAUGCAGGUGCAAGCGAAUACGGUGCAGCUCCCGCCAAGAUUUAACUACGCCGACGGUCCAGCUCAGCCGACAGGACCAGGCAUCGGUCCCGCGGGGUCUGCCAUGUCGAACGUACCGAGUUUCUCGCUGAAUCAGCAGCCAACCGCGAUGCUCCAGCAAUCAGUUGCAAACGCGCCGUAUUUUUGCAGCUAUAUAUCACUUCCAAUCAUUCGCUUCCCGCCGAUCCCUGGCACAUCGCAAUCCGACCGCUCUGCCGACGAAGCGAAAAACCUCCCAAAGGAAUCAGGUAUAUCACCUCAAGGUGCUAGCACGCGAAAUAGCCCAGAAUACCACAGCUGUCCUGAAAACUAUCAUCAAUGCGAUACUCAGCACUGCGUCCUAAAGGUGCAAUGGUGCGACGGCCGUGUCGAUUGCACCGAUGCCAGCGACGAGACAAGGUGCUCCUGCAGAGAUCGAAUACCGCGAAAUCGGCUUUGCGACGGUUACUUCGAUUGUCCACAUGGAGAGGACGAACUCGGUUGCAAUGGCUGCCCAAUGCACAGUUUCAGUUGCGAUGAGUGGAACGGACUCCGUAAAUGCGUACCACUUUCAGAACGUUGCGACGGAAAAAGUCAAUGUUCCAGCGGAAAGGACGAGCUCGACUGCAAUAUGCUUCUAGAAACGCACAUGGGAUCAAACGAUAUCUUUACGGUUGGUUAUAGUCGAGGGUACCUGCAUAAGAACAUACGAGGGAUAUGGUAUCCCGUUUGUUCGAAGACAAUCACCUGGGCAGUGGAUGCUUGCGCGUCGGAGAUUGGUCACCCACUAACAACGAUGCCGAAGAUACAAACCGUUCGCGUGCCUAACGCCUUUCAAGAUCUUCACGUGAUAGAAACCGAUACCGACGAGGUAAAGAUAACGCCAUGUCCAGGUACAGCGGUAGUCGUGAAAUGUCCGCCGUUACCUUGUGGCAUCAAGGCCAGCCCGCGUCAGAGCACCUCCUUCGCCUCUAACGCGAAGAGCAAUUAUAUGUUCAGGAGACACGCGGAGGAACAAUCCGCCCGAGAAUUUAAUAAGCUCUACCAAGAGACACUGGGGCUGUUGAGCGCUGGUCCGUCGAUAUUGGCGGAAAAGACGCAGGAUCAGAAUGAUACCAUCGUCGGAGUAGUCGGCGGCCGUGCGAGUCAUCCCACAGCUUGGCCCUUCGUGGUCGCCAUUUUCAGGGAUGGCUAUUUUCACUGCGGCGGUGUUAUCCUCAGCGAAGUCCACAUACUCACCGCGGGUCAUUGCAUGCUUGGAUAUGAGCAACAUUAUUACGAGAUAGAAGCCAGUGUAGUCAGGCUGUUCUCAUUUUCGCCAACGACGCAGUCGAGACAAGUGAAAUACGUGUCUAUUCAUCCCGACUACAGAAAAAAAGUGAUGCAGAACGACAUUGCAGUGAUCAUGUUGGACAGACCUCUUCUUUUCAAUCGAUGGGUCCGCCCGAUCUGCCUGCCGGAGUUAGACACCGCGGGUUCUAACUAUAAAGAAGACCCGUCGUCGCAGUCCGUAUGCAUUGCUAUUGGCUGGGGAGCCGUAAAAGAAAAUGGGCCAGAUUCGGAUCAUCUGCGAGAGGUAGAAGUGCCGAUUUUGCCGUCGUGCAAAUAUUUGCCCGAUCAGAACAACGCCACGAUCUGCGCGGGAUAUUACGAAGGUGGCCACGACGCCUGUCAGGGCGACAGCGGCGGUCCUUUGAUGUGCAGAAAUCCAAAUUUAGAGACGCAGUGGUACGCGGCGGGACUGAUCAGCCAUGGUGAUGGAUGCGGACGCCCGAAUGAGCCCGGUGUUUACGCGAAAGUGAGUUACUAUGCGGAUUGGAUACAGCAAACGUUUCAAACUUUAGAUAAACAAAUAACAUCUUCUUACGGGGGUAAUAAACCCUUGGAUUCGUGUCCGGGUUUCAGCUGCCAAUCGAGCCUGAAAAAGUGCUUGCCGAUAAAGAAACGUUGUGACGGGUUUGUAAAUUGUUUAGACGGAGACGAUGAAGUCGACUGUGGCUUUCUGGUAGCAAGCAAAAAACUCAGAGAAUCGAAUUCUGAUAAUACAUUUGUAAAAUCACAAACAGACGAAAUAUUCAGCGACACCACGGAGCAAAAUAAAGCCAGCACGGAAGCAAUUCCCAUUUCAACGUCCUCCGAUUUCUUCGAUCAGACGGAAACGCAGACUUACAGUAGCAAAAAUUCAACUACCGAGGAAAUUUAUGCAACAACACCUGAAAUACCAAUGUCGAGCGUUAAAUCAACAUUCACGUGCAAAAAAUUACUUCAAACCAUAACGAUCAACAAGAAGUGCAACAGUCACUUGGAUUGCGAGGACGGCACCGACGAAGAGGACUGUACUUGCAGAGAUUACCUGUCGAAUUUCCAACCCAUGGCGAUUUGCGACGGACAUUUGGAUUGCGACGACGAAACGGACGAGAAAGAUUGCGGUGUAUGCAAUGACGACGAGUUUCACUGCAGCAGAAGCGGGAAAUGCGUCCCGAUGACGAAGAAAUGCGACGAAAAUUACGAUUGCCCUGGAAGAGAAGACGAAGUUGAUUGCUUUGCAUUGACCAACGGAGAGUACGUGAACGUGGACAGCGACAAUCGGCCGGUCCUGAACGCAGAAGGUUUGCUUAGUAAAUACUACAACGGAACGUGGUAUAUACCAUGUCCUCUACCAGACAGAGUAAUGAAUAUAACCGUAGCGUCGAUACUUGGAGAGGACUUGUGCCAAUAUCUCGGAUUCACGAGUUUGCAGUCGCUGGAUACGAUAGUCGUGAACAAAACGGUGCUGGAAACAAGGUGGCACAACACAUCGGCGAGUUACGAAUCCUCGCAACCAAGGCAUACCGCGGCGAGUGAGAGAGGCGAGAGGUGCACGGCACUGCGGUUUCACUGCCGACCGGUUUUAGGCAGCAGCGCCGACUCGUACCUGGUCGUCGAGCCGAGAACCGACAGCCGUACCUACCUGUGGCCGUGGCUGGCCGCCAUCUUCGUCGACGGCAGUUACCGUUGCUCGGCCUUACUCCUGGAAUCGGACUGGCUCCUGUCUAGUUCGAGUUGCACGGCGGCUAUCAGAUUAUCGGUAAACUACACGACAGCCCUGCUCGGGCAGAGUCGCUCGUUCCUCCACGUGGACGGACCCCAUCAACAGGUAUCAGUUAUUAACGAGAUCAGGAACGUGGCGACAACGGACGUCUCGUUGCUUCACCUGAGAACUGCGGUGAACUUCACUCGUUACGUGCAGCCAUUGUUCCUGGAGAAGAAAAUAUAUCCACCGGCGAGAGACGAUAUAUGCGUGGCGAUUGGUACAGACAACGAACACCUGACACAAUCGAUCUUCCUCCAACCGAUCCUUGAGAAUUGCGACAGGUGCUACCGCUGCUACGUCGAGACUUCAGGUAUCAAAUGCCCGGACAAUGGAACAUUCUCAAAAUGGAGCGGGACGGUGUUUUGUCGCAGCGAGAAGGGAUGGUACCCAGCGGCCGUGUUUCACGAGAACGACGGCCCGUGCAGCUUCCAAAGCGCGCGAAACUUGACGAGCAUUGAUUAUAUCCACGCCUAUCUCACGCAAGCUUUAGAGAAAGUGCCACAACCAACAGCUGAACCCGCGUGCGAUGGCGUUCGAUGCAAAAUCGGGCAAUGCAUCCCUCGGGAUCGAGUAUGCGACGGAGUGGCGGAUUGCCGAGACGGUGCGGACGAGAACAGUGAAAUGUGUCUACAAGUGCAACUGGCGAGAAAGCAAAACGGAACUAAUCGCAUAUGCAUAAAGUCAGAAUUACGGUGCAAUAAUGGCGAGUGUAUCUCGAAGAGCGCAUUUUGCGACGGCAAAGUGGAUUGCUUGGAUGGAACGGACGAACCUCUGAUAUGCAGCUGCGCGGAAUAUUUAAGACUGACUAAACCGGAACGACUGUGCGACGGGGUGCGACACUGCCUCGAUAAAACCGACGAGUCGCCAGAAGCGUGUCAGUGCACCGAAACCAGCUUCAAAUGCAACACAGAAAGCAAAAAUGUUACCUGUAUCUCGCAAGAUUUUGUGUGCGAUGGCGACAACGAUUGUCCGAACGGAGAGGAUGAAACAAAGUGCAGGCAGGUGCUAAAUGCCGCAAAUAACAGCUCUGCUCAGGGCGAAGUGAUGCAACGAUCCUACGGCGUAUGGCACACUCUGUGUUAUCCAUCACUAACACAGAAGGAGGCAGCAAACGUGUGCCGAGAGAACGGCUACACGGACGGAAUUAUCGAUUACGACCAUGACUACCAAUUUCGUAAAGGUUCACUUGUUCCAUCUCGCGACAAUUUCUACAUGGUACGAAUAAAUGUGAACACGUGGAUAACCAUGUGUGACGAUAAACCGAUAACUUUCAACCAACCGGAGAAGCCCUGCUACCGUCUCUUUGUCAAAUGCAGUUAGCAAAAUGUACCGUCUACAAAUUUUAAAGCAAUCACGCUGUAAUAUUUUUCACCUUUGCAUCUUGUUCAUCGUAUGACAAUCGAACGUAAAAAAAAAUCGUUUUAUCUUGAAAGUUAACGUGGAAGAGCAGGCAUACGAAGUACAUUAAGUUUUAUAUAUCGUUAAGAGAUUAAUUUAUUUAGUUGUAGUACAAAAAUUAUAAUGCGCGAACGAAACGAAUCCAUUACGUUAGAAGUCGAAUAAAUAAGUUCGUUAUUCUUCGUUUAUAUCUUUCGAUAGAACAUGAAAUAUAUCUACAUAAAAGAGAGAGAUGUUCCCUGCAA